AUGACGACCGCAGUUGGCAUUGGCCGGCUGUCGCGGUCAGCCUCUCGUAUCGUCGGCAAGGCGGCGGCCGGGUUCCACCUGCUCCGCAUCGAGGCCUACUCGCAGACCAAGACGGUUCCCGCCGGCCGUUACAUCAACUCCGGCAACUUCUCCAUCGGCGGGUACUCGUGGCACCUAAAGUACUACCCCAACGGCCGCGACGCCAGCUCGGCCAACCCAGACUACAUCUCUCUGUACCUCCUGCUGCACGGGUACACCAGGCCUAACAACCUGCAGGCGCAGUACAAGUUGAGCAUCCUGGACCAGGCCGGCAACGUCGCGUACGGGCUCCCCGCCAAGACGGACAUCUUCAAGGGCGGCGACGACGACGACGACGACAGCGAAGAGCAGAUAAGCUGCGGCCACGAGCGCUUCAUACGCAAGGAGGACCUGGAGAGGCGCGAGGACCUGCUCAAGGACGACUGCCUGACGCUCCGCUGCGACGUCGGCGGCUUCUCAGAGCUCAAGACCUUGCCUCUCGCUCGCGAGGACAGCAAGGAGGAUGAUGAUGGUGAUGCUGCGGACGACGAUGAGUUUGGGUUGAAGCCGAGGCACCGUGGGUAUUCCGGCCGCCGUCGCCGUCGCCGCCCGGACGACAAGGAGUUCGUCCAGUGGUGCAUGGCCCAGAAACGCAUGGGUUAG